AUGGUACAAAGCAACUUUGCGCGCCGCCGAUGCGCCCGAAUCACGGCUGCAAUCAUUCUUGCGAUGCUCGUCUGUCAAAACGCGGCCAGCAUUUUGUUGCAGCACAAGGUGCAGAGCGGCCCCGAGGACGAUUCUGUUCGGUACGAGCCUCUUAGUGCUGUCGUUCUAUCCGAGGCCUUGAAGCUGCUCAUCUCCCUCGGUGGUGCUGCUUGGGCUUUCAACAACAACACUGAAGACCGCGCGGCAACUACUUCCGGGUUUUUAGAUUACGUGCGGAGCGGUCAUGACAACGCUGCCAUACCAGCUUUCCUGUACACGCUCUCGGCGACCAGCCAGAGCUUUGAAGCUUACCAUCUCAGCAUUCUGCCCGACGUCGCCGCCGGCGACGCGGGCAAAGAUAGAGCCUUCGGAAUUGUCACCAUGCUAGUGGCUGGUUGCUGUAGCGCUUUCGCUGAUGUCUAUAUGGAGGCCGUUCUAAAGUCCUCAGAACGUAGUUUCAUGGUUCGCAAUGCUCAGCUGGCGGCAUAUGGUUGUUUGUGUGCACUUGGCGGGUUCUUGUGGCAGUCAGACUUUAGCACAAAGGGAUUCUUCCGUGGUUACACAAUGCUGGUGUGGGACUUUGUUCUGUUGCAAGCCAUGGGAGGGUUUCUUGUCUCCUGGGCGGUCCGUGUAUCGAGCACCAUUGCGAAGAAUUACGCCCAGAGUUUGGGUUUCCUGUCAGCCUCGACGAUUCCCCUACUCUCGUCGCCUCGCGCAUUGAGCUUUGAGGAGGUGUAUUCGGGUCUUUCUGGAAGACCGAAAUGCCUAUUGAUUCCAUAG